AUGCCCAAGGGACCAGAGGCGUAUCGUCGCUUGAAGCACCUCUAUCCAGUCUACGACCAUAAGCUUGGCGACAAGUGGGAGGAUGUCCGUCCCAAGGUUCGUGACCUUCUCGACAAGCAGCAGGUCCGCUUUUCGACCAUCGACCUCGUCCGUUUCCGCACGGUCCCGAUCCCGAACCAACAAAUGCCUGCUGUUAUCAGUCCCGUCGUGAUCUGGGUCGGCGUUCUUCCCGAUAGUCUCGCCGGUGAGGAUGCGUUCAACUCAGCUAACGCCAUACUCGCACUCCUCGAGGACGAGGACAUUACAGCCGUCGACAUCGAAUUCCGGGAAUCGGUGUUCAAGCGUUCAGCUAGUGCAGAGCUCUACGAACCUGCCUCGGACCUGGAUGCAACCAGACACGUCAUUGAUCCUCUCACUACUGCGCUUGGACUUCCUAUGGCUGCCGCGAAGACGCCCCACCUCCAGGGCACUAUGGGCUUCUACUUCAAUGACGGCGACGACCUCUACGGCGUUACGGCUCGCCACGUUCUCUUCCCGGCAGAUGAGGACAAUUCCGACUACACCUACAACCCCAGCGGGCCUCGUAAGAAAGUCCUCCUCAUGGGCACCAAGGCGUGGGAGGACUACCUCAAGUCCGUCCAGAUCCAGAUCGGAAACCUUAGCACUGCGACGGAGAUCCGCAGGGAGUCGAUCGGGAGGUUGGAGGGGAGGGCGGAGGGCGAUACCCCUGCUGCUAAGAAGGCGAAGAAGGAGCUGGAGAAGACUCGGGAGCUGCUGGAGGAGACGACCGACGCGAUCAAUGAGCUUCAGAAGCUCUACGAGAAGACGAAGAAGGACUUCGGUAAGCCGAGCCAGCGUGUGGUCGGUCACGUUGUCUGGUCGCCUGCUAUCACUAUCGGUACCGCUCCGCAUGGCUUCACCAAGGACGUUUGCGUCAUCAAGCUCGAUAAGGCCAGGUUUUUGCAUAACUUUAAGGGGAACGUUAUUGACUUAGGGACGGAGAUCGAGGCCGCCAAGUUCGUAAACAAGAUGUAUCCUCGCACGGACGCGCAGUCCGGCUUUGAGUACCCAGCCGAACGCCUCCUCGAGCUCAGGGGCAUUCUCGCCGAGGAUCGCAUGCGGCAUCCCGACACGAAGGACCACGACAGCGAAAACUGCCUCUACGUCAUCAAGCGCGGCCUAACCACUCUCACCACGAUUGGUCGUGCCACGGGAUUCUUCUCCUGUGCGCGCGAGUACUUCGCCAACCAGACUCACCGGGACUCGAUUGAAUGGGCAAUCCUCCCAUACGACUCAGGCGUGUUCUCCAGGAGCGGAGACUCCGGAUCGAUGAUUGCCUUCGGCACUGGCGAAUUCGGUGGCCUCCUUACUGGCGGGUCUGGCAAGAUGGAGUCGUCGGAUAUCACUUAUGCCACGCCAAUGUUCUGGCUCUGGCUCAUCAUCAAGGCCAAGUUCCUCAAUGCCAACCUCUACCCGGUCUUCAACUACACUGCUAGACAGGAAGACUGA